AGGAAACCGUUUUGGUUAACGGGCCACAUCUUAGCAGUUGGUAAGAAGGGGAAGGAUCCGCGGGUCAGAAUGGAGGGUGCGGAGCAGAGGAGCACAGGGGCGGCUGCAGGGGAGAGCCUGUCUCUUGGAAAAGUCGCGGGAGAGGAAUGGGGGCGCCGCUCAGUGUCUCUGCCCCCCUGCACCCCCGGCACCCGGUUCCAGUUUGAGGUCGCGGAGUGCUCCCCCAGGCACAGGCUAUGUGAAGGGUUUACGGUUAUACGUUUGAGAGCAUGGCCGGGGGUCCCGCAUGAGGGGUGCGGUGUAGGCUCCUGUCUUUUCUGUCGGCGAUGCUGGAGAGCCCAUAGCCCUGGCUUCUGUCGUGGGGACUCGCCCUGUGCCCUGUGCCCCGGUUCCUGCUGGCUCUGCGCCUCCUGGACUCAUUUCCCUUCCAGGGUCCGCAGCCUCCUCCGACGCUCCGGAUCACCGUUUUCCAGCCGCGACAGCUUCAUUCGCUUCAGCUCCGUGGUUGUCAGAGCAGGGAGCCCAGAGAAGUGGGGUGGAGUCCUCCUAGAUGGGAGCGAUGGAAGCUCCUGCUGGAGAACGCUUUCCGGUCCUGACCUCCGAUCUCUUGAUCCCUGUGGCAAUGGCAUGGGCUCCAUCUGUACCUGGCAGGCCCCAGCCCCAGGUUUGUCCUAGGCCCUUGGCAUCUGUGCUGGCAGCAACCCCGGGGCCACCCUCAGCCUCUCAUGACUUCUGCCCUUCUCUGGUCCCUGUAGGAAUGAUAUUCAAAAGAAAACACCCAGGGGGGUCACAGUGAUUACAGUAACGCUGCCACCAGGACGGAGCAGAUGUGAGGGCUGUUGCAUAGUAGGCAGAGCUCCUGAAGGGGCCUCAGUUGCUGCAGGGCUAGAAUUUCCUGUGUGGGUUGUGGGGAGUGACUAUGGAAUUCAGAGGCAGGGAAGAAU